AUGCUGCGGUUUCAGAGGGGAGAUCUGGGAGAAUUCAGCGUGUUCAGCAUGGUCAGCAUGGUCAGCGUGCGGGCAGCAGCGCUCUGGAUCUGCGUUCAAGUUUCCUCCUGGAGUUCAGUUGCAGCGCAGCAAGUAGACCCUGAGGUGGGACUCACAGCACAAGAACAGGUUCUCCUGCUGUAUGACAUCAAACUCCAGUGUCUCCAGAACAUUUCUGAACACGACCCUGCAGAUGAAGUGUGUGCUCCUGGAUGGGAUGGGCUCAUCUGCUGGCCUCAGGGCUCUUUAGGGAUCGUUACCAAAGUGCCAUGCCCCAGCUACGUCUACGACUUCAAUCACAACGGCUUUGCGUACCGUAAGUGUGAUGGGAACGGAUCUUGGGUGUCGGUGGAGAACAGAACGUGGGUAAAUUAUUCCGAAUGUCUGUGGUUCCUGACACCAGGCAAGGAAAGAGGGAAAAGGGACUUCUUUGAGAGGCUGCACAUCAUGUACACCGUGGGCUAUGCUGUAUCCUUCAGCUCUUUGAUGGUCGCCAUUUUUAUCAUCGGCUACUUCAGGCGUCUUCACUGCACCAGGAACUACAUCCACAUGCACCUGUUUGUGUCCUUCAUGCUACGUGCCAUCAGCAUCUUCGUGAAGGACCGAGUGGUGUACGCCAACGGCGGAGUGCAGCAGUAUGACGCAAUGCUCAUGGAUGACAUUAACACUGUCUCCAUCGGCCCUCUGGACAAGACUCAGUAUGUGGGGUGCAAAAUCACAGUCCUGCUCUUCAUCUACUUCCUCGCAACCAACUAUUACUGGAUACUGGUGGAAGGACUCUACCUACACAGCCUCAUCUUCAUGGCCUUCUUCUCUGACUCCAAGUACCUCUGGGGCUUCACACUAAUAGGAUGGGGCGUUCCAGCCCUCUUUGUAUCAGCUUGGGCCGUCGUCAGGGCAACGCUGGCAGAUGCACGGUGUUGGGAGCUGAGUGCAGGCAAUAUUAAGUGGAUAUACCAGGUUCCUAUUCUGACGGCAAUUGGACUCAACUUUAUCCUGUUCGUUAAUAUCGUCCGAGUUCUGGCGACGAAGAUCCGGGAGACUAACGCAGGCAGAUACGACACUCGCAAGCAGUACAGGAAGCUGGCUAAAUCCACUCUGGUGCUGGUGCUGGUGUUUGGAGUGCACUAUAUUGUGUUUGUGGGGAUGCCUCACACAUUCACUGGCCUGGGCUGGGAAUUGCGCAUGUACUGUGAGCUUUUCUUCAACUCUUUUCAGGGCUUUUUCGUGUCCAUCAUCUACUGCUUCUGCAAUGGAGAGGUGCAGACAGAGAUGCGGAAGAUGUGGCUGCGCUGGACACUAGCGUUCGACUGGAAGGGCCCAUUCGUGCUGGCCAACUACCGCUACGGGUCAGUGCUGACCAGCUUGAACAGCGGCACCAGUGUCCACUCCCAGCUGCCGGCUGCCACCCGUGGCGCCAUCCUGCUGUCCAGCCGAGUCUAUCGCUCGUCCAGCCGGAUUAGCAGCGCCCGCACCUCACUCUCGCACAGCACACUCUCACACACACACACCCAUGUGGCACUGCCUGGCUAUGUCUUCAGCAGCUCAGACGUGGAGAGUCUGCCGCCAUCCAUCCCUGAGGAAAACGAGGAGGAGGCCAAACGUGUGGAUGACAUCACACUCAGAGAGACCGGCAACGACAUCACACUGAGAGAAAAUGAGGAGGAUGCCUUUGGAGACACUGCCAAGCCUGCUGAUGACCUCAUGCUCGGAGGAGAUGCCAUGCACAUGAACGCUGCAGGAGAGAACAGGAAACUUGACGUCACCUUUACAGAAAAUGCAACUGACGUCAAACCAAAGGAUUCUGUGGCCGUGAGGUACAGCUGUCUGGAUCAGGAGGAGGAAGAAGAGGAGCUGUAG